AAAACCACAAACGAGACACAACUAGAAAACGCAGCAUUAUAUAGAACAGCAACAGCUCCCAUGUGUCUCUCGCACACUGUGUUUGUGUUUUGGGGUCUCUGGUGUCACUGUAAAUAGCUGAGACUCAGACACACGCACAUAUAUAUAUAUAAAGAGAGAAAGAGAGACAGAGACAGAGAGAAGAGGGUUGAGCUAAGCUUUUGUUAUGGGUUGCUUUCGUUGCACAGGGAAAUCAAGCAAAAAAUCAGAAAACUUGAACCACGAUUGCAGUGACAGUAAGACCAAUAAAACACAAGAUCAAACAGCUUCAGAUGCAGUGAAAGUCAAUCCAGAUGUAAAUGUGAAGGAAUCUGAGGUGAAAAAGGAGGUAGUUUCUAAGCAUGACCAAUUAGCUUUGGAUGUAAAGGGCUUGAAUAUGAACGAGGAGGUUUCAAAGGAUGGUCAAACCAAUGGUAAGAGGGCGCAAACAUUUACGUUUGAUGAACUAGCAAUUGCAACUGGCAAUUUCCGGUCAGAUUGCUUUCUGGGUGAAGGUGGUUUUGGAAAAGUUUACAAAGGGCGUUUGGAGAAAAUCAAUCAGGAUGUAGCUAUCAAGCAACUUGACCGCAAUGGACAUCAAGGAAUUAGGGAAUUUGUUGUUGAAGUAUUGACUCUUAGUCUUGCUGACCACACUAAUCUUGUCAAAUUGAUUGGGUUUUGUGCUGAGGGAGAUCAGAGGCUGUUGGUUUACGAAUACAUGCCAUUAGGAUCUUUGGAAAAUCAUUUGCAUGAUCUUCCACCUGGCAGAAAAGUAAUUGAUUGGAAUACAAGAAUGAAAAUAGCAGCUGGUGCAGCAAGGGGCUUGGAGUAUUUGCAUGACAAAAUGAAACCCCCUGUUAUAUAUCGUGAUCUAAAGUGCUCAAACAUUUUGCUUGGUGAGGGGUAUCAUCCGAAGUUAUCUGAUUUUGGAUUGGCCAAAGUAGGUCCCAGUGGGGAUAAGACCCAUGUUUCCACAAGGGUUAUGGGCACGUAUGGGUAUUGUGCACCAGAUUAUGCAAUGACGGGCCAGCUGACAUUCAAAUCAGAUAUUUACAGCUUUGGGGUUGUUCUUUUGGAGAUCAUCACGGGCAGGAAAGCAAUCGAUAACACCAAAAGUUCUAAAGAGCAAAAUCUGGUUGCAUGGGCACGGCCCUUAUUCAAAGACCGGAAAUAUUUCCCACAAAUGGUUGAUCCACUGCUCCAAGGUCAAUAUCCUAUGAGAGGUUUGUACCAAGCACUUGCUAUUUCUGCAAUGUGCGUUCAGGAGCAGCCUAAUAUGCGACCUGUCAUAGCCGAUGUGGUUUCAGCUUUAAAUUACCUUGCCUCCCAGAAAUACGAUCCCCAAAUCCAUCCAGUACAAAACUCGCGGAGGAACCCAUCAUCAUCAUCUCAUGUCAGACGGGAAUCAAGGGAUGAUGAUAAAAGACAGAUUGCAGUAAAUGGACAGAAAGAGACUGAGGUGGAGGACUAAAUUAAGAAUAAAGUGAUUCAUAUCUUUUUGCAGUGUUCAUAUAUACUGUGCCUAGUUAUCCAUUUUUGCAUCAUAGAAGAUAACAGCCGCUUCCUUGAACCUUAAAACUUUACAUACAGGGAAUUUCUGCCUUCUUUCAUUGCUUCUUCAAUGUACAUGUGAGCUCAGUUCUUGUACGUAAGAUGUCUCUUUGUAGGAACUGUCUUUCAAUUUUUAUAGUUUAGCCGAAGAAUUCAUUAAUAAUGAUUUCUCUUUGCUGUGA